GGGGGCCGUGACGUCACGCGCCGGGCCCAAUGCGCGGGCCGCGAGCCGGGCGGGCCGGGAGCCGGGUGCCCCGCCCCUCCGCGCGGCCGGCGGCUAUAAAAGACCGCUGGCCGCCGCACUAACCUCUUCUCGGGCCAGGCGAGGUGGCCUCGGGCGCUGCGCGCUUCUGGGUCCGUGGCUCGGUCGGCGUGGCCGGUGGCGGCAUGGCGGCCCCAGUGGCUCUCGCGGUCCCGCGGGCGGCGCGACUCCUGUGGCCAGCGCUGAGCGCUCGCCGCUCGCUGCACGUCACGACGGCCAGAAAUGAAGCCGUUGUGAUUUCUGGAAAGAAGCUGGCCCAGCAGAUCAGGCAGGAGACCCGUCAGGAAGUGGAGCAGUGGGUCGCCUUGGGUAACAAAAGGCCCCACCUGAGCGUUGUCCUGGUGGGAGAAAACCCUGCGAGUCACUCCUAUGUCUUGAACAAGACCAAGGCUGCGGCAGAUGUGGGAAUCAGCAGUGAAACAAUCUUGAAACCCGCCACCAUUUCAGAGGAAGAGCUGCUGGAUUUAAUUGGCAGGCUCAAUGAUGAUGACAAUGUGGAUGGCCUCCUGGUUCAGCUCCCUCUUCCUGAGCACAUUGAUGAGAGAAAGGUCUGCAAUGCUGUGGCUCCAGAUAAGGAUGUGGAUGGCUUUCAUGUGAUCAACGUGGGGCGCAUGUGCCUGGACCAGUACUCCAUGCUCCCUGCGACGCCCUGGGGUGUGUGGGAGAUCAUUAAGCGGACAGGCAUUCCCACCCUGGGGAAGAACGUGGUUGUGGCUGGCAGGUCCAAGAAUGUCGGCAUGCCCAUCGCAAUGCUGCUGCAUACAGAUGGCAGGCAUGAACGUCCCGGAGGGGAUGCCACUGUGACGAUAUCUCACCGUUACACUCCCAAGGAGCAGCUGAAGAAGCACACGAUUCUUGCGGAUAUCGUGGUAUCUGCUGCAGGCAUCCCUAAUCUAAUCACAGCAGAUAUGAUCAAGGAAGGAGCUGCUGUCAUCGACGUGGGGAUAAAUCGGGUUCACGAUCCCAUCACUGCCAAACCCAAAUUAGUGGGAGACGUGGAUUUUGAAGAAGUCAAGAAGAAAGCCAGUUAUAUCACUCCAGUGCCUGGGGGUGUGGGUCCCAUGACGGUCGCCAUGCUGAUGAAGAACACCAUCAUCGCUGCAAAGAAGCUGUUGAAGUCUGAGGAGCGGGAGGUGAAGGCCAAACAGUUUGCAGCAGCCACCUCUUAAUAGAUAUCUCUUUAUUAAAAAAAAAACCACAAAAAACAUUCCAAGUAAUUAAAAAAAAAGAAGCAAAACAGGCCGAUAGAAAUGCAAUAUUUUAAUUUAUUCUACUGAGAUAAUUUUCUGAUAUUUGUUUGCAGUCAGGCUAUUUAUUGAAAUUGUUAGUGUAGGCAGCUGUGUGUGCUCAGAGACCUGUAUCCCCACUUCUGACAUGGCUGCUGGGUGGUCCUGGCUCUCACAGCCUUGCCCAGGGAAAACUGAACUUGUCACAUUGACCCUCGUAGCAACUAAGGCCUUUGAUGUUAAAACACAGGAAGCACAGGACCCCGUGUCAUGUGGAACCAAGAGAAACUUGGGCUGCUGAGUUGGAGGAAUUGUGUUGUUGUGGUGACUUGACAAAAUCAGGUUGCUUUAUGAUAACAUCCUCCUGAACCUCAUCUGUGGUCCCCUAAAGUAAAUCUAGAGAUUACAGUCUCAAAUUACUAGUCUCAGUGGUUCAGAUGAAGGGAAAAGAGAACCCACCAUGUGGCCUGAAACAUCUUAACUGGGCCUUCCACACCCCAAGAAAUGGUAGUCUGCUGGUUCCUAUAAAUGCAUGCCCACAGCUGUCCCAGGCUGAGGUGGGAACUCUUUUAGGCCAGAGCUCCUUAUUGGGGGUGGGGUGAGCCUCAGAAGCAUCCCCCAGGACUGGCCAACAGUAAAUGGCUCUUUGAAAACAGGCCCUGCUUGUCCUCUUCAUGUGGGGUGUGGGGGGUGGGGAGUUAGUGUCCUGGAAUUGAUUACAAAGGACUUCAUGUUUGACUUCAAGGUUGCAUUCAGAUCUCACACAUUGGCUGUAACAAAAAGAACCCAGGCCUGAAAGAAACUCUGACAUGGGGACAUUUUGUGCUCUGGGGGAUGCUAGGAGUUUAUUUUGGGCACCUCCCCCUCAGACUUGUAGAAAGGGGGCUGGGGUGGGGGCCUUGACUGGGGCAGGCAGGCCUUGCUUCCCAGAGUGCCUGGCACUCUCCUGAUAACCAAAGAACUUGCAGCGGCUGCUGCUUUCUUUCCACUUAGGUCCCAUUGCCUUUCUUGAAAGUCUUUGAAAGCUUGCAGUGCUUACUGAUUUACCCAACCAGAUUUUUGAUUAAAGCAGUUUUUUAAAAAAA